UCGGUUGACGUGUAUUAUUACGUUUCAUGUGUAUAUAAGCAGAAACAUACUGAAAAUGGUUCAUUAGCGAUACUGUUAGACUACCGAAGAAAGAGCCACGAUUACUGCACUGUGCGAAAGUAUUUGACCGAGCCGCGUUUUUACCACAAACAUGGAUGAUCCCACUCCCUACCCGGUUGGUUUAACCCCUCGUCCCCGGGUUAAAAUAAUUACCUCGCCUAAAAUUACGGCGGUUGUCCGCGCAAACGAGAUACCUUCCCAGCAGCACGUGGUUGUCUUUGAGGGGUUGAGAGAGUUCAAAGGUGUACUCAAGACCUCUUCCGUGGCCUCCCAUGGCGGCGAGGGUGAUGCCCCAGCUCAGAAACAAAGCAGGACACACCUGGAUGAGAAACUCUCUGACAGCUGUGAUGGAGUUCUCCUGGAGGUCUAUCAGCUGGCCAUGUUGCAGCGUGAGCACUUCCUCCGUGCUAAUAACGGGCCACACAGAGAGGGGAUUGACCUGAGCUGGGGACUUCUGGCUCUUCUCUGCAAGAGGAAUGGAAUGGUCACUGACAAUGACAUAGCCAACCUUCUACUACAAAAGUGUUUGGAUUCCAAUGAGCCGGAGACUUGCUGUGCCUUUGACAACCUUGGUAAUGGGACCUCCAAUCUUGCUAGGCUGCUCCUUGCUGGCAAAACCAAGGAAGCCAUUGACCAGGCGAGUAGUCAAGGCGUAUGGCACCAUGCCUUUACCCUAAACAACUUAGAGAGACAUGGCCAAUCUGACUGCAUAAUGUCCAGGUUCAUUAAUGACCUGGAUGAUUUGGAUUUACUGAAGACCUACUAUCAGGUCCGGCUGGGAGAAAUGCCGUCUGCUGCCUCUGCAUGUGCUGAGGACAGCUGUGGAACCUGGCGUCUGCACCUUGCCAUUGUGGUAGCAUUCACAGAAAUCAACCACCUUCGAAAGAUGUCCAUUACAAAGAUGGCAGAAACCUUGGCCUCUAAUGGACAGGCACAUGCCGCGCAGUUCUGCCAUUUGGUUCUGCAGUUAGAUCGGGAGAACCUCCUCAAUGCGUCACUGCACGAUGUCGUGGGGAAGUGGAUGGGGCUCUUGGCGGAGAUGGACAAAGAGGUUCCACAGAUACAUCCGGCGGCCUCAGGAGAACAUUCCCUGGACCCUGAGGAGAGGAAGGUUCCUCUGUCACAGGAACCAGCUCUGCUGCUGUCAGCUGAGCCUCAAGUGCCAAAGGAUGGCAGUGGACUCGCUGAGGUCACACGGUCACUUCCUGUGACCUCCGAGCAGCCCCCUGCGUGCCCUGAGGAGAGGAAGGCUCCACCGUCUGAGGAUCAGUUCAGACAGCUGAUCGGCCCUCUCCUGCCACCACCUGUGUGUGUGUUGAGGGUGGAAGUCCAGGAGAGCGCAUGCCAGCCACUGCCAACCAGCACCACUGUCAAGAAAGACUCGAAAAAGAAACAAUCUAAGAAGAGGUCUUGGUUUCGCUGCAUCAGCUGCUUGGGUAGCAGAACUAAGGACUAAAUGUUCUACUCAGCCAGCUCCAAGAUAUCACUUCAUUUUCACCAAGAAUUUAUUUUUGUAUUUCAAAAUGAGAAUUAAAGUAUUUUCAUUACA